AUGGCACAGCUGUUUCAGAACAACGACGAGCAACGACACGACAUGGAGGCGAAGGAGAGGGAGAAGCCGCUGGUUAAAGACUUGAACGAACAUAUCGUCUGUCCUCUCUGCAGAGGUUACCUCAUUGACGCAACGACACUCGUGGAAUGUCUGCAUUCUUGUUAGACGGAAUAUGAAAUCGCGCGAUGCUUCUCAGUUUGCAGAGGAUGUAUAGUGAGACGGUUGAGCAGCGGUGCCAGAGCGUGUCCCGUGUGCAACGUCGCAACGUCUCCGCCGCUCCUGCCGGACGUAAAGCUGCAACGACUGGUCUAUCUCGUGGUACCGGGCCUCUUCCGCUCGGAGCUCGAACGAAGGCGUCACUUCCGGCUGGUCAAUCCGCAAUGCCCACCUUUGGCCCUGCCGUUGGGCGCACUCGACUUAACUUUGGACGAUUUCGUCAGCCUGAGUCUGUGCGAGCUCGACGAGCCGGAAGAGAAGGCGGUCGCUCACGAGCCGGAAAACCGUGCCGGCUCACGACACCGAUCGACCAACAAUAACAACAACAACAACAACGCCGAUCAAACGAGACACGAGGACGCGAUCAAAGUUAAGAGCACGCGGUAUCUCAAAUGUCCGGCAGGAGUGACGGUCCGACACCUGGUGCGACUGCUGAUGCUGAAGAGAGGGUGGGAGGAGGCGAAUUCUCACGGGUCGAGCGUCAACAACAAGAUCGAGAUGCUCUGCGAGAAGUGCAACGAAAAUCGUCGCGGUGGCGCGAGAACGAUGAUACUGGACCAAGCUUGGACGUUGCUGGACCUCGCCUGCAUAUUCGGCUGGAAAAGAGAAGCACCGAUGAAGCUGUUUUAUCGCGUGGUGCGCAAGGAGGACGUUGUCGCUUCCGCAUCGAGCGUGAGUUCGUUCAACGACGAGGCAGCCAAGGAUACCGCGACGAUGGAGGAGAAUAUUCAGAGGCCGCCGACACCGCCGCCAAGUCCCAAGCCGGCACCGCCUCCAGAAUGCGAGGUCGAGGCUCGUAGGAUCUUAGAGGGCAACGUCGAACCACCUCCUCAAUCCUCGCUGAAGACCAACCUGGAGGGCGACAAGGAGCCGAAAGCGAAGAAGCCCAGGUGCAAAGUGACGCCGGUCAUGAGGACGCCGAAUCUCGUGCCGAUACAGACCAAUCACGCGGCUGCCGAGAGCUCGAAGGCCAAGGAGCUGACACCGCAAAAGCUCGAACACCACAAGCACAAGAAGCGACGGAACAAGCGCGUGAUCGCCGAGAUCACCACCACGCCGCGGGAGGAUCUGUUGAAGCUGAAGGUUCGACUGACACCGUGUCCACCGCGGAUCACGUCGAGCAGCGCGAGCGGCCAGGCAAAGGAGAAACUGCUGCAGAUGAGAGCCGUGAGAAGAGAGAAGAUCACAGCUACGACGACGAUAAGUCAGCAACGAUCGACGGACGCGUUGGUCCGAGAGGAGGGAAUUGCCGCUACGAAGGAGAACCUCAGCGAGACGGAGGAGACGAUAGAGGAGAUCAUAGACAGCAUACCGGACGAGGUUGUCCGAAUCGCGCAAAAUAUAACCGCUCCGGCGGAAGAUGCGCCCGCAACGGCAGACAAAACGAAUCAGAGGAACGUACCGCAGAAUUGUACAACGUCGCCAAAGAAGGAAGAAACGGAGCCAGCGGAGGCGGCGGAAAGAGCGGAGCAACCGGAACCGGAACGUCCGAAGAAAGACGAGGAGAUCCUUCGGAGAUUGGGCCUGGUGGCCGUGAACGAGGCCAGCGACAACUUCCGCGAUAAGACGAAGCAACGGGCGCAGAACAACGGGGAGAAGAUCGACAACUUGGACAGGGAGAAACUGGAGAAACAGUUGCGCGAGAGUAAAGCGAAUCGCGUGAGGAGCUUGCUGGCGGAGAAACAGAUGCGCGACGCGUUGAAGACGAUGUCGAAGACGAAAGAAGAGCACCCCGCCGCGACGCCCGUUCAGGUCAGCACACCCCCGAAAAAGAAAGGGCCGCCGCCGUUGACGCCGCUACGCGUUGCCAAGUCUUCCGGUUUCGCAGCGUCGACCGCCAUUUUGGAACCGAAAAAUUCCAAAUACGAGAUCCCGCUAGACCUGAGCAGCGGAGGAACGGUACGUAACAACGUCCGCGAUCUCUCUGCCGGUCUACCGACCAAUUUCUCCUCCUCGUCCUCGUCUUCUGCCUCUUCGUCGUCCUCAUCAUCAUCCUCUUCGUCGUCGUCCUCCUCGCCCUGUUCCGUGCCCUUGUUGAACCCGAGGCCAACGUCGCGACCAACGAUCCCGAUGAUCAGCAUAUUGAAAGCAAAAACGAAAGGCUUGGAACAACGACGCGGUCAGGAUUCCAAUCUAAUGACACUUUCUGACGCGGCUGUGUCCCUGUUAAGCGGCUGCAUCGCCGACGAGAAUUCGGUCGAUCCUUUGGUACUCAGCUCGACCGGUCUCGCGAACAAAGUCGCCCUACGGAUACCGCAACCCCAUCAGAGGAUCUCCAGCUUCGGGAUGAAGAUCAAACCGAACUUGAGCAUCAGGCACAUACCGAAUCCUCAGGCCGUGGUCGCGUCCCAAUACAGGAAUCAAAGAGUCAGUUACUUCAACAACGCCUCGCAACAACCACCGAACCCGGCGAGGCCAGCGGCAGGCCGUGGUUUCAAAGGCUGGUGGCACGGUCGGCGGUAAGAGGUGAAAGUAAAAUCCAGUCGUGUGCUUGCUCGAAUGCCAGGGAAGCUGGAUCGUACGUCGCGAAAUCGCGUACAGGCCGAGCACGCGACGUCGUGGUUGCUUGGACAAGCCGCGUCUCGCCUAUCGAAGAGGUAGAAGAGAAAGAGAGAGAGAGACAGGGAGAGUUUCGCAGUCGAAAGAACGCCGAACCUCGAUCUCACCUUUGGCUCGCGUUUUCCUUCACGACGGGUAUAUAUAUCGUCCACGAGCACGAACGAUACGGCAUCGGAUUGUGUACGGUACGCGGCCAGUACCAUCACCGACAACUCGGUGGCGCAAUAGGAAAAAUGUCAGGGAUAGGUAAAAGGACGUACCUUCGCGAGGUGAAUCCUUAUCUUAUUUGUCCUUUAUGCAGAGGCUACCUUAUAGACGCGACCACCGUCGUCGAGUGCCUGCAUUCGUAGCCGACAAGGCGUUGCAAGACAUCGUGUAUAAAUUGGUCCCCGGACUGUAUCACAAAGAGAUGCGCAGGAGAAGGGAGUUUUACAAGAAACAUCCUGAACAUGAAAUUCCUAGCUUUGAAAUACAGCGUCGAUAUGACGAGAUACACCAUAGAGAUUUGCCAUCGGCGUGCCCCGCUUCCUGAACACUGGACACUCAUGGAUGUCGCUUAUAUUUAUGCGUGGAAAAGGAAUGCACCAAUGCGAUUUUUCUAUCGAGUGGCGUUGGAAGAGCAACGAUUAGAGGCGCCUCCUCACGACAGGCCAUCCACUCCUGGUUUAGGUGCCAGUUUACCUCCUGUUGACGCCACAGUCGCCACACGUGAAAAUAUUAACUCGCAGAGAACAACUGAUUCUGAGAACAACGUGGAAUCCAGGCCACAAGCGAAGAUUACGAACAACGACAAAAAGGCUGCGUUGGACAAUCAAAAUAAAGCCUCGAACGAGGAGCCACGUGCCCCAAGUGAUCAACCACCCUCGAGUGAAAACAAGAAAGCCACUGCUAAGAAGGAACAACCGUCUAGUACGGUAACAACGUCGACAACCGCGACGUUGACCACAAUUUCGAUACAGUCGACGAACGUUGCAUCAACGACGACAGCUACCAACACUGUCGCCUCGUCCGCGUCGAACAACGAAACUAAACAGAUCAAGACACCUAUCAAAAUACUUAAAAAUCCAGAUGGAAGGUACGAAGUCUUAAGAAGCCCUUCGGGUACUUGGAAUCCGAAGGAACCGAGUACCAGGAGCAUCGAGGCGAAACCCUCGAACCCGGAAUUCAGUGUCGUCAGUAUAGGGAACGGUCAGAACUCGAACGGGGUGAAGAUCACGUUGAAACAAUGCACGCCGAACAAUUCCAGCCCGAACAAGCCGAAAGUUAUCAGCAACGUGUUGUUACACUGCAGCCAAGUUGCAGACAAGGAUAGCUCUGACGCAUUGCUCGUUCAACAGCUUCACAGAGAUAAGGAGAAGCGUGAGAAGACCGAGAAGCAGGAGAAGCAAAAGAGGAGAGUGACUUUCGUGGAACAGUCGAUUCCCGAGAAGACUGUGGCCAGUAACGCGUUGAAAACUAUACAGAAGAAGCCAGGCGAACAACAAGAGAAGAAGCAGUUCCUUCAAGGUUUUCAGUUAACAGCUAGGGACUCGGGACCAGAAAUGGUUUCGGAGUCUUCCUCUAAGCUGAACGAAACGAAUGCGAGCAAGGAGGCGAACGAUGUGCAGAAUAAAGGUAACACUACGCCGGAGAAAGAGGGCGCAGCAGCGACAGAGACCCCGAAUAUCGUUACAAGCGACUCGAGGUGUAAGAGCAACAGCGAGAACAUCUCGGUUAAUGCCAGCGCCAGUAAACGAGUCGCAAGCGUGCUGGACGGAAUUGGAAACGCGCGAGUGAAUGCGAAUAAACAGUGCAGUGACGUAAAUGUGUGUACGAUUGGUUACUCGAAGAAUACGAACGUAGGUAUGAACAUCAACGUGAGCAACAGUCCAGCGAAGGUAGAUGUUUACACGUUCUCCAAUGAUCCGCCGGUGGUUCCCGUGGGAGCCGUAAAGAGGAAAUGUCCGCCUGGUUUACCGAUCUUCGACGUGAAGAAGAGGAAGCACCAACACGCUUCGACGCAAAUCUCGAAGAAGCAGGCGCACGUUCAUCCGCCUCCUGUCAUCCAAAAUCACAGCAAGUCACCUCGCAAGCUGCCAACGGAGCACGUCAUUCCAGGGAAGAGACCGAUAAACAUUGUUGGAGAGCCUGGCCCUAGUCGGACACCUACGACACCGAGUCCGAAAGCUUCGCCUGCCCCGGUACUCUCGAACGACACGAGGAAUAUAUUGGACGGCUGCGGGUUGAACAUUCCCGCGAGCCUCAGUAUAACUUUAACAGCGCCGAAAUCACCGGGGAGCAGCGGCGGGUACAUCGAAGCGAACGAUUCGAAAGAUAGUCGGAAGAACACGUUGGGGAAAGUGAGCCCCAGUAUAACUCUCAACGACAGGUCUGUCGAUCCACGAGUGUUGAAAGCGUUGAAGGCCGGCCAGAUAAAAAUGCCCGCGCCGACAAAACCAAAGCAGCCUAAGCAAUCGGACGUGAACAACGACGUGAACAACCAACAACGACAGACGACGAGUGCUGCUGCUGCUGCUGCUGCCAAGCGGGAAAGGGAACAGGAAUCCAGGGAGAUUUUGGAUCUGAGCGGGGGGAAAAAGAUGGAUAUACAUCCGUUAAGAAUACCGCAGCCAGUAACGAAACUCAAAGCGAAACCGACGAUCAGAGACGCGCCGAAUAUUUCGGAUCAGGGGCAAGUCGUAACGUUGGUUGGCGGUCACAGGUAUUAUCGCGCGCCACCGGGCUCCUUGACUCCAGCAGCUCAUCGAGUCAACGACUGCCCGCUUCCGACACCCGCGAGAACGCCAGUUUAUGCACCUGGCUUCUCCAAUUCUUUGGGCAACAGCAGGUACAGCACAAAUCUUUCAUCCGUUUUUCCCAGUCUGCAAAGCCUCUAUGCCUUGAGCCAAGCGCCGAAUCUUCAGCAGUUUCAGACGGAUGCAAAGCUAAGGAUACCACGAGGGACCGACCCGAAUACCACCAUGUCCAACACCGACACUCGAAAUAUGAACGCUAGUAGUAUGUCCGGGAAAAGUCACCUGGCUGCCCAGUGUGCGCCAGUGAAACCGGCGAGAUCGUCGAUAGCGCCUUUGGCCAUUGCGAUAACCAAGCAACAAUCGAACGAUAAAUCGGCCAGUACAAACGCGAGAUCGGCCGCGAACGAGAUAAGCAAAACGCCUGUGUAUCGCGCUAACGAACCUCUCGACUCCACACAGCCUGGCCAACAAUUGUCCGUCCAAACAACAAAGUACUCGCCGGUCGCGGAAGCUAACAAUCGAUACUCGCCAGCUCGAGUAGCUACUAACAACACUAACAACAGUAGCACAGUGGUGAACAAUGAGGACAAACCGUCUACCGAAGUAAAUCGUGAUUCAAACUUGGAGACGAACAACGAUACGAGGAAAGAACCGGACAAUUCGUCGCGUCAAACGCCUCAUCGCGAAGCAGCCAGUCCAAGAGUAUCGUCCACGGCUUCUCCGUCGCCACCACCCGGUGAUACCAGCGCGAACACCAUCAACGAGACUACCAGCGGUCAUAACAAUAACACGAACACCGCCUCGAACGGAAUAGACAACGACGUACCCGCAUCAAGCCCGACGAAGAACAGCAACAUAGGUGCAGAAGUAUCGAGUAGCAAGUCACCCGCAAGUCCGGAUUCUAGCUCGGUAACUAUCGAAAAUCCUUCUAGCAAAAGCUGCUCCACAAUGGAGCAAGGGUGUGCUUCUCCUUCGCAGACGUUAGACGCAGUGAAAUCCCUGGAGAAUUCGACGAAGAGCGAGACUAACGUUACAGAAGCCUCGACGAACGAGAAUGAAAAGAAACUGACCUCCACUAAGCAAGCUGACGCGAAACAACUGACCUCGGAGAUGUUUCAGAAAAGAUUGCUAGCUGCAUUCCCUUCGAACGAGUGGGCAAACAAUCCUAUAGCUGCGGAGCAUCUGGGCAACUUUUUAAAAAGCCUGAACGCGUCGAUCAAAUCGGAUAAUAAGAUGGACAGCGUGGGAUCGGAAAAAGCAGAGAAUCAACUCGCGUGCAACGAUGCAACGCGUUUAAAUAACGACAUCUCGUCGAAAACUCGAACGGACGUCGCUGAAUCGUCAUGA